AUGAUCCCGGUAUCGGUCAAAAUAGCUCUCACUUUGGGUGCAGUGGUAGGAGCAGGAGUAGCGGUCCUCCACAACAAGGAGAUGUUGUUUGAAAUAAUGGAACGUAAGUUAAGUCAAGGUGCUGCUUAUUGUGAAUCUCAGGCUAAGCGCUACAGCACAAAAAAGGACUCCCAGUUGUAUGCUGAAGAUAGUGAUAAUUCUGAUUGUGAACCUGUGACCCCUAAUGAGACUGAUAUAGAAUCUGAUAUGAUUGAUGAAUUAGAUUGA